UUGACGAAUAUUAAGCCUUCAGACACAUACCAUAGCAAUUGUGAUGCAAAAUUGAAAAAAAAUAAGCAAACUAUAGCGGAGCUUCAUGUCGCGAAAGUGCGUUUCCGGUCACACAGACACACAUGGUGGAGCAGUCAGCUGACUGAAACACAGCAGCAGCGUCUCUGUAGCUGGACACACAGGAAACAUCACAUCCAUUCAUUCUCAGCCGCAACCAUGAAGAAGAGCAAGGGCAAAGCGAGCAGUACUGCUGAGAAGGAGUUUGUGUUUGAGUUCAGGGCAGGCAGACACAACUGUGUCCUCAAAGUGCCUCUGCAGUUUCCUGUUCAAGAGAACAUCUGUGACCUUCAUGGACGCCUGAUGCUGCUGCAUAAAAUACCCUGCUACAUAGAAAAUGAGCUAAAAACCUCCCUUUCCAACUUCGUCGAGGGGGAGACCAUCCUGGAUUAUGACAGAGAGGCAGAGCUGGCCCUGCAGAGACUCACAACAGGAGAUGUAGAUGUGAACCAGCUCACCAACGCAUGGACCAGGUCUUAUGUGGAGACUACGCUGGAGCAUGCUCGGCCGGAGGAGCCCAGUUGGGAUGAGGACUUUGCCGAUGUUUACCAUGAGCUCAUCCACUCCCCUGCCUCAGAUACCCUCCUCAACCUGGAGCACAACUACUUUGUUAGCAUCUCCGAGCUCAUCAGUGAGCGAGACAUGGAGAUUAAGAAGCUACAAGAGAGGCAAGCCGCUGAAAUGGACAAAGUGAUGCAUGAGCUGGGGAAUACUCUGAGUGACCAGGAUGUAAAUGCAGUUGCCUCUCAACACUUUGAUGCACAGCAGGUGUUGGAGAACAAGUGGGCCAGCGAGCUGAAGCAAGUUUCUGGCAUUCAAAAGCACGAGUAUCAGGAGUGGGUCAUCAGUCUUCACCAGGACCUGCAGAAAUCCAACAACAGCAGCCAGAUUAAUGAGGAGAUUAAGGUGCAGCCCAGCCAGCUGUCGGAGCAGGCAGAUUCUGGAGCCAGGAUGUUUGAGGAGCAGCCUCAGCUGGAGGAGAGUUUUACUAUACACUUAGGAGCACAACUGAAGACGAUGCACAACCUGCGGCUGGUCCGGGCAGACGUGCUGGACUUCUGUAAGCACCGGCGGCACGGCAGCGGCGGAGCAAAGCUCAGGCGGCUGCAGACGGCCCUUUCACUCUACUCCUCCUCACUCUGUGGUCUGGUGUUGUUGGUCGACAACAGGGUCAACUCCUACAGCGGCAUCAAGAGAGACUUUGCAACUGUGGCAAAGGAGUGUACAGACUUCCACUUUCCCUGUCUGGAGGCGCAGCUGGACGAGGUGCAGCAGGUGGUGCUCUAUGCCAGAGCCCAGCGGAGCAGCAAGCAGAAAGAACAGCCUGAGAUUCUGAGGAAUGGAGGUGACGAUAAGAGCAAAAAUCUCGAAAGAAAUCCAUCCAACAUCUUACCAGGUGAGUUUUACAUCUCGCGGCACUCCAACCUGUCAGAGGUCCAUGUUGUCUUCCACCUGUGUGUGGACGACAACGUGCGUUCAGGGAACAUCACGGCCCGGGACCCGGCCAUCAUGGGCUUGAGAAACAUCCUGAAGGUCUGCUGCACACAUGACGUCACCACCGUCACAGUCCCUCUGCUGCUGGUCCACGACAUGUCGGAGGAGAUGACCAUACCGUGGUGUCUUAAGAGAGCAGAGCUGGUAUUCAAAUGUGUCAAAGGCUUCAUGAUGGAGAUGGCCUCAUGGGACGGAGGAAUAUCACGCACAGUCCAGUUUCUAGUGCCAAAGAGUAUCUCAGAGGAGAUGUUCUACCAGCUGAGCAACAUGCUGCCUCAGAUCUUCCGCGUUUCCUCCACCCUAACUCUCACCUCAAAGCACUGAUGGAUAGAGAUGCACCAUGUUGCAUCCUCAAGGCAUUCGGACUAACUCAUUUAUUUUAACAAUUAUACAGACAAGGUAUAUUUCUUUGUCUUUUUUUCAGGACCUGUAGAUUAAAACAGUGGAGAUUUAGAGGAGAAGUAGCACAUAGGCCCCAUUCAUUCAAAUGGGGUCAACAUAAUAUGGUGGCAUUAAAGCACUUACAGUAGAGGUGCAAAGAGGAUUUUAAAUGAGAAGAGACAUUUGUAUGCAAUUGGUGAGCCUUGUUAUUUUUGCACCUUCCAAAGCUACACGCGCUGUAAAUACGUCUUACCAAAAGAGGACUAGAUUCAGUGGCUCAUCACCAAAGCAGCUGCUGCAAUGAUCAUUUCAAGCCUCCGGGGUGCGGUUCUGGUGACAGAGUUUUAUUACAUCAGCCACCAGCGCUGCAAGUAUUCCAGUUUUCCUGUAAAGCUGCAAUCUGUAACAUCCCGCACGUUUGAGCUACAGCAUAAUGGUAGUAGAAGGGAGCCAGCAUGCUGGGGAAACUCCCGCACGAUUGUUGAGGUUAGGCAUUGACCUCGAUUGGUUAUGGUUAGGCAUUGAGUUUGAAUGGUUAAGGUUAAGCAUUGACCUCGAAUGAUUAAGGUUAGGCAUUGACCUCGAAUGGUUGAAGUUAGGAUAGGUUGUCAGGCAGCGAGUCUCACGAGAGUGUUUGUAAGUUUUUGCAGAUCUCAGAUCAGAUUUCGCAAUUUGCGGGCUCCCUCCAAGAACCCAGCAUAAUGGAGAAUGUUGCAUUGGUGAAGUUGUUUUAACUGGCUGUGAAAAUGCGAUCAAUGGAGCAGAUGAAGUAGAUGUGAAAACGCAGUGAUGAAGCUGGAUAGAACUGGCAAUUGACCGAUCCUAAGUCCCGCCCCCCCCUAGUUACUGUUGCUAGGUCGGACAAGCUUGAUAAAAAGAAACAUACUUCAAAAUACUUCGGGGCGGCAUGAAGCAUAUAAUAUUA